GGGAUCGAAAAUGGAAGCCCUGAUUUAAAAGCGAAUCAAAAUCCGACAAAAUUGAAGGCAUUAGAGAGAAAUUUAAAGGAAAAUAGAGAUGAUUCAAGUUGCAUUGAAGCUUGUAUUGGCCGAAAUGGCUUUGAUUUUGGCUCUGUUGUUCAAAAAUCCAUUGAGAAAUUUGAUAGUGAAGGGAUUGGACAGAUUGAAACAGGGGAGAGGUCCUUUGGUGGUGAAGUCCGUCGCCGCCACGAUGUUGGUCGUCUUUGCCUCAGCCCUUUACAAUGCGGCAGCAAUCAACCGGCGAGUGGCGGAGGCCGGCAUCCUCAACCAGACUGAUGAGAUUCUCGUGGCGUACCGCCUUCUCGAAACCUACACGAUCGGUUUCUCGUUAUUCCUUGCAUUGAUUAUAGACAGAAUACACAAUUAUAUAAGAGAGCUUCAUCGACUUAGAGCCACCUUGGAAGAAAGAUUUAAAGUUCUCACAUAACAAUGUUGUAGUCUUUGUUUUUUUUUUUUUCUUUUAACUUUAAGAUUCAGCCUGUAUUAUCAAAAUGAAUUCAAUACAAUGAUAACUAACUAAAGAAGUAUGAUAUGAACAUAUAUUAAUUAAUAAAAGAGUGAUAUUCUUUUUUCUUGUA